AUGAAGGAUCUGCUGCAGCGGGAAUACAUCGAGACUCCGGCAGGUGUGGGGCCGCGAGCAGCCUCCUGCUGUCUGCUGCUGCCGCCUCUAAUGCAGCAGCCGCUGCAGCAGCAGCAGCAGCUGCUGCUGCUGCUGUCGCUGCUGCUGCUGCAUGGGCUUGAAAAGACAAUCAGCAGCAGGGCUCACACAGGGGGAGGAACGCCGUGGCAGCAGCAGUGGCCCAAAGAAUCGAUUGAGCAGCAGCAGCAGCAGCUGCAGAAGCAGCAGCAGCAGCAAAGUCAGCAGCAGAAUUCAUUGCAGCAGCUUCAGCAGUAUGAGCAGCAACUGACGACUAUGGAGCCACCGAGGCGCGCGCUGCUUGGGCAGCGCCUGAGCUUCAGUUGGAAGCAGGGCAGUUUGCUGCAGCAGCAGCGGCAGCAGCAGCAGCUGCUGCUGCAGAAAGAGAAGCAGCUGCAGCGUGAGAAGCCGCUGCUGCUGAGGCAGCGGGGUGCUAUGCACAGCAUGAGGGCAUCCAGCGGCUGCAGCAGCGGCAGCUUGCAUAGCAGCAGCAGCUGCUGCAGCAGCAGCGACUGCAGCUGUUGCUGCUGCCGCUUUGCACAGCUGCUGCUGCAUCCGGGCGCAGGCGUCGCUCGCCUCCCGCUGCUGCAGCAACAGCAGCAGCACGUGCUGCAGAGCUCUGCAGCUUUCAGCACGCAGUCUAAGCGCACCAGCAGCAGCAGCAGCAAGGCGCGGAGAGGCAGCAGCAGCCACAGGAAGCCGCCGCGGGGCGGCAGGAGCAGCAGCAGCAGGAGAAGCAGCAGCAGCAGCAACAGGCUGCAGACGCGGAAGCACAAACAUGUGACAAUGGAAAGGCCCAUUCGCAAUCCGCUGCACCCCUCAGCAGCAACAGCAGCAAUUAAUGCAGCAGCAGCAGCAGGAACUGACCUGCUCAAGUCCGGGUGUAUGUACACUCCAGAAACAGCUGACGCGAGGCUGCUGGCAGCAACUUCGUGUCUCUGCAGGCGCUACAAAUUAGCAGCAGACCAGCAGCUAAUGGAGAGGUACGCACGGCGAGCCCUGCUGCUGCUGCAGCGCAGCACGCCGAAGCAGCUCUCGCUGCUGCUGCACUCCCUGUCAGGCUCGGCGCUGCUGCAGCUGAACGACAGCAGCAGCAGCAGCAGCAGCAGCAAGGGGGCUGUGCCGUUUCUCGUGCUGCUGGCGCUGGCUUCUCGUGCUGCUGCUGCUUCUCUCAAGCUGCUGCCCCGCUGCAACCCGCAGGAUUUAGCUUUGCUGCUGCAUGCGCAGACCCGCAUCUUUGCGGUGUACGUACGCCAUGAGCAGCAGGUGCUGCUGCUGCUGCAGCAGCAGCGGAAGCGACUGCAGAAGCAGCAGCUGCUGCUGCAGCAGCAAGAGGAAAGGAGGCGACGACGCGCGGCCCUCCAAACGACGCAGCUGCAGCAGCUGACGGAGGAGGAGCAGCAGCAGCAGCAGGAGCAGCAGCUGCAGCAGCAGCGGGAAGAGAAGCGCCGCCAGGAGCAGCAGCUGCUGCAGCAAGGCCUCCACGGUUCUCCAGGAGAGCUGGACAGCGAGCUGCUUGCUGCUGCUGCUGCUUACCCUGAAGCAGUGCUGCUGCUGCUGCUGCAGCUAGCUGACGAAGUGCCCCACAAGCUGCGCUUCUUUGAGCCGCAGCAGCUCUGUGCUGCCAGCAGCAGCUACGUGCUGCUGCUGCGGUCUCUGCUGCCUGCUGCUGCAGCAGCGCCGCUCCUCUUUGCUGCGUCCGGCGCUGCAGCAGCAAUCAGCAAGCCUCCUGCUGCUGCUGGUUUGCCUGCUGCUGCUUCCGUUCGCCGCUGCUGGCCGCUGCUGCUGCUGGACCUGCAGCAGCAAGCCCUAGAGCUGCUGCCCUUUGCAGAUGGCCGAGCAGUGACGUCUCUUAUGCAGUCCUUUGCUGCUGCUGCUACCCUCAGCAGCAGCAGCAGCAGCAAGAGGUUUCAGCGCACCAUGAAGGCUUUGGCGGACCGCGCGCUACAGCUGCAGCAGCAGCACAAGCUGACGCAGCAGCAGCAGCUGCUGGUGGCGCAUGCACUGGCUGUUGCAGAGGUGGAGCAUCCUGAGGCGCUGCAGCUUGCUGCUGCUGCUGCUGCUGCCGCUGAAGGUAGCAGCAGCAGCAGGACUGAGGACGAGGGAGGCGCAGCAGAAGAAGAAGACUACUGGUACAGCAGCAGCAGCAGCAGCAGCAGCAUUGCCCUGCGCUUGCUGCUGUCCACCUGCAUCCGCAGAGGCAGGAGCUGCCCGCUAUCGCUGCUGCAGCAAACGGAGCAGCGGGCGCUGCAGCUGUGGCAGCAGCAGCAGCAGCAGCAAGAUGUGCUGAACAGAGACAAUGUGCUGCUUGCUGCAAAGGCGCUGCAGCUUCUCUACAGGGUGCCGCACUGCAGCGACACGUUUGCUGCUGCAGCAGCAGCUGAGCUGCACAAACUGCUGCGCCACAUACAGCAGCAGCAUCAGCAGGCCCUCAGCAGCAGCAGCAGCAGCAGCAGCAGCAGCAGCAGCAGCAGCACUUUGGUCUACCCCAGUCCUCAAUUGCUGACUGUCAUUACGCGCGCAGUCUGUGUGCUGCAGAGCAGGUUCUUGCUGCCCCCAACUCAGCAACAGCAGCAGCUGCCUGCUGCUGCUGCUGCAGGAGCUGCCGCCAAUGCUACAGCUGCUGCUGCUGCUAGCGACACAACGCUAACUGGCUCAGCAGCAGCAGCAGAAGAACAGCAAGCAGCAGCCGAAGAGACGCAUCAACUGCCCGAGGGUGAGCCUACGUCUGCUGCUUCAGCUGCCGCACAAGCUGCUGCUGCAGCAACACCAGCAGGUGCUUCCGCAGCAACCGAGGAAGCAGGAGCAGCAGCAGCAACAGACCCAGCGGCAGCAGAAGCAGCAGCAGAAGCAGCAGCAGCAAAAGAGGAAGCUGCGCGCCAUAUAACUGAAAUGCCUGCAGCGGUGGCGCAGCAGCUGCUGCGGUCUUUGGAUGGCUUUACUAGCGAGGCUCUUGUGGCGCUGCUGCUGCCGGUACUGCGGCUGCAGCAGCAGCAGAGUGCUGCUGCUGCAGCAAACCCAGAACUGCUACAGCGAGACGGCUGGAUGCACCAGGAGCAGCAGCUGCUGCUGCUCAAGCACAAAAUGUUUGCCCGCGCUGCUGCAGCUGUUGGCAGCAGCCAGCCGCAGCAAGUUGCGCUGAUUGGGAAGGCCAUUGCUGCUGAGGCUGCGCAGCAGCAGCAGCAGCAGCAGCAGCAGCAGCAGGAAGUGAGACUCGAAAGGCAGGAGCUACUGCGGCGAGUGCUGCGGCGCAUGCGUAGCACCAUCAGCCAGCAGCAGCAAGCUGAGUGUCUCGCCACCAAGUCGGCGCUGCAGCAGCUUGCAGCCUGCGGCCUGCUGCUGCAGCAGCGCAGCGGCAGAAACAGCAGCAGCAGCAGCAGCAGCAGUGCCACCGCUGAUGCUGCUGCUAAGCACCCAAAGGAUCUGCGGGUGUACCACGCGCUGCUGCACUCAGUGAAUCUGCGCCUGGGGGAGCUGGCUGCGCAGCAGCAGCAGCAGCAACAGCAGCAGCAGCAGCAGGAAGAGGAAGAAGAAGAACCAGUUAUCUUACCAACUCUUCCGGGAGAAUCAGCUCUUUCCCCGUCCUUUAUUGUGCGGAAGAUGCGGCAGCAAAAGCUGCUGCCAGUAGCAGGUGAAGAAGAGGAGCAGCAGCAGCAGCAGCAGCAGCACAGCAACCAGUUUAAGGAUUCUCUCGAGGAUUUAGCGGAGCGAACGGACAUACGGCUGCGGCAGCUGCAAGAGCAGCACAAGCUUCUGGCUGCAGAAGCCCUACAAAGCAGCAGCAGCAGCAGCAGCAGCAGGAGCAGCAAAAGCAGCAGCAGCGCUGCUGCUUCUGUUGCAGAGCUGCUCGCUGAAGACAGCCAAGCGCUGCAGCAGCUAGAACGAGAGCAGCCACACAUUUUGGAUCAAUGGCAGCAGCAAACGCAAGAGGCAGCCACUGCUGCUGCUGCUGCAGCUGCUGCUGCAGCAAAAGCUCCUAUAGGCCGUCAGGCACGAGGGAGACGAGCCCGAUUGGCUUCUGCUGCAGCGCUGCAGCAGCAGGAGCUUUCAGACGAUUACUUUCCGCCGGCAGCAGAAGCAGCAGCAGAUGCAGUAGCAGCAGCAGAAGCAGCAGCAGAAGCAGCAGCAAAUGAUUUGAUAGAAGACAAGAGACUGGUGGUGCGCAGCAAGCUGCUGCAUGCAAAACUGCAGCAAAGUGGAGAAGAGCUUUCGGCUUUGCCUUUCCUGGACGUUGACGAGCCCCUGCCCAAGCGCCGCUAG